AUGAGUCNGCUUGACGAUAAUGAUGCGAUCUUGGAUAUAAGUUAUGGCAAUGCAAAUGAAGGACAACCAUUGCAAUCUCUUCUUGAAGUUGUUGUUUAUGAGUCAAAACAAAUGCAUGGUGAGGGAUUGUAUGAUAUAAAUGCUUCAAACAAAGACAAGAAAUCAAAUUUUGAUAAAGAAGAAAUCAUCAAAGAUAGAGAUGAAGCACUCAAAGUUGCUGGGGACCUCAAGAAGAAAGAUAUUGACUACAAACAAAAGAGCAAGGAGCUUUCAAUGGAGAAUGACACUAAAAAUGACUAUGCAAGACAUGCUUGCUUUGAUGGGGUUGAAAUCCACGGGGCUCAUGGUUACCUAAUAGACCAGUUUAUGAAAGAUCAAGUCAAUGACAGAACUGACGAGUAUGGAGGGUCUCUGGAGAACCGUUGUCGGUUUGCUCUAGAAAUUGUUGAAGCUAUCAGUAAUGAGAUAGGAGCAGAUAAAGUUGGCAUUAGGCUCUCUCCUUUUGCAAAUUACAGUGAAUCAGGAGAUUCAAAUCCUAAAGCCCUGGGUCUUUAUAUGGCUGAAUCAUUGAAUAAAUAUGGUAUUCUCUACUGCCACAUGGUUGAGCCAAGGAUGGUAACUGUUGGAGAAAAAAGCGACAGCCCCCACAGUCUUCUGCCCAUGAGAAAGGCAUUUAAUGGCACUUUCCUUGUCGCAGGGGGCUAUAAUAGGGAAGAUGGUAUCAAAGCUGUGGCUGAAAACCGUGCCGAUCUUGUUGUUUAUGGUCGUUUGUUCUUGGCCAACCCAGAUUUGCCAAAGAGAUUCGAGCUAAAUGCUCCUCUGAACAAGUACGAUAGAGAGACAUUUUACAUACCUGAUCCUGUUAUUGGCUACACUGAUUAUCCAUUUCUUGGAAGCACCAAUUAG